AUGACUGAAAGCGGCCACACUCGCGUCGCUGCUGCUGCUGCUGCUGUCCGUCGUCCUACGACGUCGUAUUACUUCGGCCUUGAUACAGCUGCAGCACGAGAGCGACAUCGACGUCUGUCUCCAGCAGAAGGUCGGAUGAUUGAGCGCUCGGAAGCGGUCGAGCGAGCAGCAGCAGAAGAAGAAGAAGGUGAUGACUCGGACGUGGACGAAGAAGCGACGCAGAUCCCGGUAGAAGACCAAGUAACGCAAGAAUUGCAGACUGCUGAGCAAGAUGUAAGUCCUCCACCUAUCCAGAGACGUCUGUCGAUCACGUCGCCGCCGUUGCCAAUGGCUGAAGCACUGGCAGGUUCGCCGUCGGGACCGAUUGCUGCUGAUAUGUCUCCGUUUGCCGAUGCUGAGUCGACGCCACAGUCGAAUGAAGAUGAGGAUUCGAGGUCAGAGACGUCGUCAGAGGUUAGUAUGGGCUCUGGACGUCCUGGGAGACGACGAGGGGCGAGGGCGUGCGUGACGCUAUCGUGUUCUGACCAUCGGGAUUUGUCUGAAAGACUGAAGAAAGCUGUGAUGUGGAAAGAAGAUGGAGAAGAGCGAUUUGGUGAGUCUAUGAUUGGUGCGGAUGUGAUUCUGUGUGUGAAACGUAGUGGAAGUCAACAGGAAGCUCGUGGAGAGGGAGGUGCUGUGAGUCAGGACAGCAAGCAUGAAGGCAUUCGAAGAUUCCAUGCACAUAGGUUUAUUCUAGCUGCUAGCUCGCCGCCGUUCCGAGCGAUGUUGACUGGAAACAUGCGCGAGUCGUCACGGCGAGAUGUGGAACUGCAUGAUAUUGAGUCUACGGUCGUGGAAAAGAUGCUGGUGUUUAUGUAUACGGGAGACGUGGUGCUGGAUCUUAAAAGUGUGCUGGGGUUGCUGAUCGCUGCAGAGAUGUACGAACUGGUUGCACUGCGAGAAAUGUGCAAGGGCUUUGUGCUAAGGUACGCUCACGAAGUGUUUUGCGACCCCCAAGUCGUUCAGCUACCGGAAAAGAUUCUGCUGGAGCUUAUCCCUCAGGACGAAUUGCAGAUUCGAGAGCUGGCGCUAAUGGAGGCUCUCGCUAUGUGGGGCGAGUCACGUAUCGCCACUGCUGACAAGUCAGUAGGCGACUUGUUGGCGGACAUGAUGGAGUUUGUGCGCUUCCCAACGAUGAGCGUUAGCGAUCUGUAUGGCAAAGUUCGGCCGCUUGUUAAUGAUGGAGUCAUCCGCGAACAUCUUCUCACAGAAGCUUUGUUCUACCAUUUGAAGUGGGGAUCACAAACAGGCAUCUCGGCGAAGCGCGCCACACCACGUGCACUCACAGCCUCGCUGCGUAAGCGCAAGCGCGUAUCGUUCACUCAGCAUGUCACGUUUGAGACAGUAACGCAAGAAAAUGAAGAAUGA